ACCACUGGCGGAGUCCGGCGGAGGAUUCCGUGGGGGGAACGACAGGGGGCAAAAGCCUCGUCAGGCGUGUGCAAGCCAGGUGCAAGAAAGUUACAGUAGUUAUGCUCACAGGUGUUAUCAACGUUCAACAUGCAGGGAGCCACGGAGACAGAGGUCCGCAGAAUUGUACGGGACAAUUACGCCCAGGUCCCCAAAACGGCCGACCGUGAGGGCAGCACACGAGUUGCCCAGGCCUUUGGGUACAGCCUCGAGGAACUGACAGCAAUUCCAGUGGAAAGCAACAUGGGAUUGUCCUGUGGGAACCCCACUGCAGUGGCCAAUCUCAAGGAGGGUGAAACGGUAGUCGAUCUCGGCUCUGGGGGAGGUCUCGAUGUCUUCUUGGCGGCAAAGGCAGUCGGGGCCACCGGAAAGGCUAUUGGAAUCGACAUGACAUUUGAGAUGAUUGACCUCGCCCGCCGCAACGCCAGUAAGGCACAGGUCAGGAACGUUGAGUUUUAUCUCGGCGAGAUUGAGCACAUGCCAAUUGAAAGCAACACGACCGACUGUGUCAUCAGCAACUGCGUGAUCAACUUGUGUCCCAACAAAGACGUUGCGCUUCGAGAGAUAUACCGCAUCCUCAAGCCCGGUGGCCGUCUUGCGAUUUCUGACAUUGCGCUGAAGCAGGAGGUCCCCCCUGCGCUUCAAGACAACCUGAGUGCGUAUGUGGGAUGUGUGACUGGCGCGAUCCAGAUCAAGGAAUACAAGGCGUUAUUACACGGAGCCGGUUUCCAAGAUGUUGUCAUCGUCGAUUCCAACGCCGACUUAAGCGUCUACACGUUUGCAGACAACGGCUGCUGCGGUUCGGGGGCUAGUUGCGGGCCUGCAGUACCUGCGGAAGUGGUUCCUGACGCCAAGGCUGAAGCCGACGGUGAUGAACCUUGCGGCUGCGGUCCUACGUGCUGCGACGGUUCCCACCCGGACACUGAAGCAUCUUGUUGCGCCUCUUCGUGCUGCGGUAAGGACGAGAAGAAGGGUGCUUCUGCGCCUGCCAAGUCCUGUUUGAAGGAUUGGGAUGUGAACGCUUUUGCAGGUAUGCACGCCUUGAUUUGAUAUCGUCAAUCUAUCACGAGGUUAUUAUCUCGGAUAGCUUCUGUCAAGGUCUUCGCUACCAAACCGUCCAGUUGGGACACGCACAUCGAGUUCUCGACGGAGUGCUGUUCAUCUUAGACGGAGUGCCGCAAGAGAUACUGUCCUUUGAUUUCCAAUUUGGCAGAGUUAUGGGCUUGAAUGUAACAUGAAUCUAACCCGCUCUUGUACUGUACUGUAAGUAGGUGGCCAGAUAUCUGGUUACGACGGGGUUUGCGCCCUGUUUGCGCCCUGUUUGUGGAAUGAUGUGUCCUUGGGGCGUCGUGCCCAGACUUUUGCCCACCUACUGUACUGUAUGAUAGCGAAAUAUGAUGGUUCUUCCUCUG